ACGAACCGAGCGUUCAAGGCAAAGCAAUAAAAAAAAAAGUUGUACAAUUAGUAUACAUAAUUAAAUUACAUAUAUAUUAAAUUAGCAAAUAAUAUUUUAUAAAUAAAUUUAAAUAAAAAUCAAACGAUGGCACGGGUCGUAGCUGUAAAAGAAAGCAUCGAAAAAGCUUUGAAAGACGAAACAAAGCCAUGGACUAAAUUAUUUGCUAUGGCAGAGGCAAAAACUGGCAUCGAUCGGCUUUAUAUCUUUCUAGGUUUCGUAGGCUUCCUAGCUCUGUAUCUCGUUAUUGGAGUCGGACAGCAGCUUGUUUGUAAUAUAAUUGGGUUUGUUUAUCCUGCAUAUUGUUCUAUGAAAGCACUUGAGUCACGAAGCAAAGAAGAUGACACUAAAUGGUUGACUUACUGGGUUGUUUUCGCUGUCUUUACUAUCAUUGAAUUUUUUUCCGAGUAUAUUGUCUGCUGGUUCCCGGUUUAUUGGCUUUUCAAGUGUAUUUUCUACAUUUGGUUGAUGGUUCCACUGGAAUACAACGGAUCCAUCGUUCUUUACCAUCGUUUUAUCAGACCAAAAUUCAUUAAGUAUCAACCGGAAGUUGAUAGUCUCGUAUCAAAAGCUCGUGAUGCUGCUGCUAAAGUAACAUCAGACGUAAUACGAGAUUCAUUCAAAUCGGAAUAAGAUAUGAGUAAUUAUUAGCUAGUUUUUUUGUCUUGAUUACAUCGGGUUAGAUAAAUUUUUUGUGUUAUUAAGAAUAUUAAGUAUUGAUUAUUUAUUUAUAAUACGGACUUUGAUAGUCUGUCAUUAAAUUCCAUUUUCCAGUGCACAAAUUUUUUUUAAUUGUUUGCGGGUAUAAAUUCUUAAGUAAUGUAAUAAAUAAAAAUAUAAUAAAA